AAUAGUUGGUAACGGGUAUUGCCAUUCUCAAAAUAUUCGAUGAAUUUACAUACUACAGAAAAAACAACAGCUGACCGAGAUUGGACACAUAAAAAUUUUACAAAGCAGCGAUUACAAAGGUUCAAAAACAAAAACAAGUGUGGAUUGAGGAAACACCCACGACGGAGCUGAGGUUAGCUGCAAAAGUAAGCUCUCUGCUUGAUCUCUGUACGUACGUAAGUGGCCAACAUGUCUCAGGCUGGAGCUGUGGGUACACCAUCAGCUUUGCAAAAUGGUUUUAACAAAGUGUUCAUUCAACGCGACUACAGUGAAGGCACUGCUGUGAAAUUUCAUACCAGAUUACCGGGAGAGUUGGAAGGCCUGAUUGAGCGCCAUGUCUUUGAGUCAACCAUAAAUAGACUAAACGAAUUUUUCGCUGAAGCCGAAAAGGGAUCCUGCAGUACAUAUUGCGAAGGCUGUAUUGGUUGUAUAACUGCCUACUUGGUGUACAUGUGCUCGGAAACACAUUAUGAAAAGACGCUUCGUAAAAUUUCCAAAUAUAUUGCUUCCCAAAAUGAACGCAUUUAUCAUCCAAAGGGCUUACAAAUAAUCGAUCCAACUUAUAGGGGCUUGCGUGUAAUAGAAAUCACAAUUCUAGAUCGUCCCGGACGAACGUGACUUCCGUUGUCCCACUCCACCGAAGAGUUUUUCAUGUAACACCUACACACGCUCUCCCAUGAAACGGUUGUGGUUUAUGACCAACCGCAAGCACUACCACCACCACCACCAUUGACAUCUUGAUGAAAACGCCUCCUUCGCCCCCUAUGCCCAAAACAAAUUAAAGGAUUUAUGAUGGUGUUUGAAACACAAAUCCUACCUUCCGCUGACUUGAGUAAUAAUAGAUUGAUUGAUGAUAAAGUAAAGCCAAUGUUUGGAACUCUGAUCAUGGAAAAAAGGGAAGAUCAGAGACAGAUUUGUUAUAAUACAUACAUAGCUUUAGUCUACACAAGGUUAAAUGAAAAAAAAAACUAAGGCAAACUCAAAAAAUAUUAUAAACAAAUUGAAGCAAAACAUAAAUAAUUUAUUAACAUUACCAUAUAUGCCCAUAUACGCCCCUCCUCCCCUGAUGAAAAAGUAGAUGAUAUAAAGUCAAAUCAAUUCGUAUUGACAAAGUCAAAAAAACUUUAGCAUGCAAAGAUAUUCCGAGUUACUUACAACAUCAAGUUUAUUACCUUUAGAUGAAAGCGUAACCGAAACCCCAAAUAAACCCCCACAUAUAUAAAUAUUUAUAUUAAACUGUAAGUUUAUAGUUAAGCCUCUGGUUAAACCUUAACAAUAGUAUAUGAUACAUUUUUCACUUCAAAGAGAAACAGAAUAACAACAAAAAAAACAAGAAUUUUAACAAAAACAUUGCGAGGUUUUAGUAAAAUUAGAAAGUUCAUAACUAGUUACAUACUGUAUAACACAGUGUUCUCCCACUUCUUUAGUAACAUUAUUACUUAGUCCAUUUUUAGCAUGGUUAUUGAAUAAAAUGUAAUCUAAAGUUUUUUUAAAACAUCGUAGCAUUAUCAUUUUUUUCAUUAUCUUCGCCCCAUAUUGUUAAUGUUCAUGGUUUUUGUAUUCAUAAUUCUGCCCAUGCCUCUAACACUCUUUCGGUGUUUUCAUUUCAUUUCGUUUUGUUGUUUUUUUUUCUACAAAUUUUUCUACUUUUAGACGUAAUUGCAGAUGGAGGAACCCCAUUUUAAUGUUUUCCUUGCCUAACUGUUUAAAUAGUUAGCAAUUGUGUAUUAAAUCAUAGAUUCAAUAUAUAAUAGAGAAUUGUAUCUGUCUAUUAAGUAUUUAUAAAACAAAAAAGAAAUGAAAUAAAAUAAUUGAAAUAAAACGUU